UUGACCUUAGCCGACUGCAUACUGCACUGCACUGGUGCUGGAAAAAAGGGUUUCGUGUUGAACGGUCACCUUCACACACACAAUAUUGUCGCACACUCUGCAUGCACAGUACACUAGUACACACGUACAUACAGCGUACAUAUAAUACAGCUUGAGUCAGUGUCUGCCAACUGCCAGGUAUAACGACAGACUCUACCAGGCCAAGGCGUAGAUCCAGGACCUGACCUGCAGAUGCUGAGCCGAGCAAGUUUGCUGAAAUUGCCGCUGGUACAAGUCACAUCUAAGUUAGAAAUAUACUCGAGAAAGAUCUAGUCUAGGUUCUAAUAAGAUGGAGUACGAAGCAAGAUGACAGAUGAGAUGAUUGCUGGCAGUGCAGACAGACAGGCUCGGUCUGUAGACAGGGUACACAGCCUUUGAUUCUGAGCUAGCUCUUGUAUGUGAUUGCGACAUCACUUGAAUGGUCUAGUGAUGAUUACCAUGGAGAAAAUUGAAGAAGUGGCCAAUCAAAGGCCUGGAGCAGGAGACUGUGCCUUGCCAAAUGGCAUCAUGGAUCACCACUUGUCUGAUCAGCCAAUAUCACCCUCCAAGCUCUCUAAAGUCGUGGAACAUAGACACAAGAAAGGCCAUACUUUGCCAGGUGUACAUGUAGUUAACGGAGAUAUGAACCAUGAGAGUAAUUCACAAGUGCAAUCUUCCCCAGACCACACUCUCUCCAGGAGAGGAGAGAAUGGUGACCCCUCCAUGAUAAGCUCAUCAGAUGAAAGAAGGAAUUCCCAGACCUGCAUGGACUACCCAGAUCAUGACCUUCUCAGAGACAUCAGAGUGGAUGGGGAAUCCCCUACCAGCAGUAAUGGUGUCAGAUGCUGUACCAAUGGGGAUUUUGUGUUGGACUCUGCUAAAAUGCCGGAGAGGCGAAAAAGUCGUGAACUGAGCUUGAGCCUUGGCUUGCCUCCUAGAGAUUGUGUUAUAAGGGAAGAGGAUGAAAACAGGACUGAAAAUGAUCCUAGACAUAGAUUGGUCUUAAAAGAUAAGCUCCCACCUCCCAAGGAAUCUCUGCUGUUAAGACUCUUUGAGUCAAAGCAUCUUGAUGCUUCAAUCGCCAUCACCCACUUGUACAAAUCCAAGGAACCAGGGGUACAAUCUUACAUUGCCAACAAGUUGUUCAGUCUUGAUGAGCUGGACUUUGACUUCUAUCUGCCUCAGGUUCUCAAUAUCUUCAUCCACAUACCAGAUUUAGCAGAUGUCAUUCGCCCCUAUCUCAUACACAGGUGUAAGUCAAGCAUUCACUUUUCCCUGCAUUUGGUAUGGAUGCUGGAAGCCUACAUGCCGGACUUGAACUAUCCCUCCCGCAAGCAGUCCCGAGGAGCAAAGCUUCGCAAGCAGAUUCUCUCCGAGGAACUCCGCCCCAAGGUGAAGCGGGAGUCGCUCUCUCUAGGAGCGUCGCAGUUCCCACCGGUGGACCUUCACAGUCCGACAUCGGUGGUUUCCCCCAAGAGGACCCAUUCAAGAUCCAGAUCAGAUGCCACAGCAACGAUCACACCAGAAAUAGUAGGAACAUUACGCCAAGGAGACAUGCGUCUGGGGGACCUCACAUCUGGUAGAGCCUUCGACAGCCAGUGCAACUGCUUUGACAGCUCCGAAAACAAGCUCAAUGAACUAACAGGGCGCCCUCAGGCAGUCAUUGAGUGCCAGUGCCAGGCCCCAAGACUGGCACCCAUGUUGGAAUUCCUUAAAGCUUUGAUGGGUAUCGGUAAGAAACUACAGGGUUUGCCCUCCAGAGAGUUGAGAACGAGCCAUUUGUUUUCUGAGCUUCAGAAGUUAAACCUGAAUCUCCCAGCCAGGAUCUGGGUUCCCUCAACCGCCUCCAAGAACCAUCACAUCGUACGCAUUCCACACACUGCCGGGGUAGUCCUCAACUCGAAAGACAAGGCCCCGUAUCUCAUAUACGUUGAGGUACUAGACUGUGAGAACAAGCACACUUCGCCCCUCCCGGCCAAGAUUCUAGAAAACACACUGCGGUUCACCAAGUCGGAGGAGAAUCUGAGCAGGUAUUUCCACGGUGAAUUGGCCCCGGCUACUCACACACCGCCCACCACGUACGCGGUUUAUCACAUCAAUGAUUCUGAUCAUGAAUGCUGGUCACAGGAAGAUGAUGACAUACUUCAGCAAUACUCAAGCUACUCGAAGAAGUCCAGCUCCAGCGAUACGAUAUCUCAGUUCUCUCACGAGAGUGUGACGAGUACCGACAGCAAGGAACCAGUUUAUAUCGCUGCCGGAGAUAUUAGGAGAAGGCUUGCAGAAUCCCUAAAAGCACCUUCCACUACGUUCAAGCAUGACCCUGAGGACCCAUCGGCCUCCGCACUGAAGGAGCCAUGGGACGAGAAGGAGAAACGCAUCCGGCAGUCGUCGCCAUACGGCCACCUGCCUAACUGGCGUCUCCUCUCUGUCAUUGUCAAGUGUGGUGAUGACCUGAGACAGGAGCUCCUCUCGUUCCAGUUCAUCACACAACUGCAGAACAUCUGGAGACAGGAGCACGUCCCGCUCUGGGUGCGUCCAUGCAACAUCCUGGUGACGUCCAAUAACAGCGGCCUGAUCGAGCCCAUCAUCAACGCCAUCUCCCUCCACCAGGUGAAGAAGAACAGCAAGAGUACGCUCCUGACCUACUUCCAUCGGGAGUUUGGCGGGCCCAGCUCGGAGAACUUCCUCACUGCUCAGAAGAACUUUGUGCAGAGCCUUGCGGCCUACUGCUUGGUCUGCUACCUGGUUCAAGUCAAAGACAGGCACAAUGGUAACAUCCUCCUGGAUCCAGAGGGUCAUAUCAUCCACAUUGACUUUGGUUUCAUCCUCUCUUCUUCACCCAAGAACCUCGGCUUUGAGGCCUCUCACUUCAAGCUCACACAUGAAUUUGUUGAGGUAAUGGGUGGAGUUGGAAGUGACAUGUUUGAAUACUACAAGAUUCUGAUGUUGCAGGGGUUGAUAGCAGCCAGGAAACACAUGGACAAGCUGGUUCAGCUGGUGGAGGUGAUGACAGGAUCUGAGCUGGCCUGUUUCAAGCAAGGUGCCAGUACGGUGAAGGCCAUGAAGGAGCGAUUCCACAUGAACCUGACCGAAGAACAGCUCCAGCUCUGGGUACAAAACAUGGUGGAGUCCAGUAUGCAUUCUCUCACCACCAGAUUGUAUGACGGUUUCCAAUAUCUCACCAACGGCAUCUUCAUCUAGACUUCUCUCUAUAAACCAGAAUGCUUGUUUGUUGCAUAGCCAUGAGGACUCUUCGCUGACAUCAUUUUAUGUGUUGGUGUAGUGGUUCAUUCACUUGACUCUCAAUCCAGGGGUUAAGCAUUCAAAUCCCAGCCAAGCGAUAAGAUCCUUUGGCAAGACAUAGAUACACAUUGGCCACCUCCACCUCAAGAUAAAUGGGUUACGAUGCGCUAGAACGCUACAUAUAUGGCUGCCAGCUACAUGUACGACCGGGGUGAUUAUGCUGGAGCACCAGGAGUGAUGCGGCGCAAUGGACUUGCGUGAUAAAGAAGAAACCACCAUUAUUAUUGUUAAUUCAAACAGGGUCGUCCACUCUCAUAUCAGGUUAGACUAAGAAUGAGGACUGCGUUGUAGAACAGGGGGUGUUUCACAAAGAUCCUAGGUUGAACAUAUCUCUAAGUGUUGGACUUAACAUUUAUGGAAAGCCGUUAGCAUCUAUGAAAAUAUUCUGUAAAAUUUAUUUCCAAAGGUAUAAAAUGUUGAUUCAAAUCAUUC